GAAGAGGAGGAGGAGGUCUGGCUCGCGCGCGCCCCCACCGCCGCGGCCGCCGCCGCCUUUCUGUCUCUUCUCUCCCUCCGUACUAGACUCCGGUGCAUUUCCGGCCCGGGGGAAUUCGGCGGUCGAGCGGGUCGGGGCGCGCGGGUGGCUGCGGCCGGCCCGCGGAGUGGGCGUGGGCCGAGGUUUCCGUGCGCCCGAGGCCGAGCCGCAGCCAUGGCCGACGUGAGCGUCGAUCAGUCCAAGCUGCCGGGCGUGAAGGAAGUGUGUCGAGAUUUCGCUGUCUUGGAGGACCACACCCUGGCUCAUAACCUGCAGGAACAAGAGAUUGAGUAUCACUUGGCAUCAAAUAUUCAGCGCAACCGUCUGGUCCAGCAUGAUCUGCAGGUGGCUAAGCAGCUCCAAGAGGAAGACCUCAAAGCUCAAGCUCAGCUCCAGAAGCACCACAAAGACCUUGAACAAUACGAUUGUGAAAUUGCUCAGGAAAUUCAGGAGAAGCUGACAAUUGAGGCUGAGAGACGACGUAUUCAGGAAAAGAAGGAUGAGGACAUAGCACGUCUUUUGCAAGAAAAGGAGCUAAAAGAAGAGAAAAAGAGGAAGAAACACAUUACAGACUCUGCUGGGGGCAGCGCUUUUGGAGAUAGCUACUAUUAUGAAGAUGGAGACCAGCCAAGGUCAAGGAGGGCCAGGGAAUUGGGUUCUGGACACUCACGGUUUUGUAGUCUCCAAAAUGAUGGGAAGAUGAUAAAACAAAAGAAGGAAAAACCAAGGCAUCUGCGAGAGAACUUGGAAGAGCUGGAAGAACACUGUGCUUCAGACAGAUCCCUGCCUUCUAGCUGGGGUAGACGGAGGGAAGAUGCACAGAUCGCCAGUGAGCAGCAUGAAAGAAAACAGACUGGUCAAGAGAGGCUCUGGAAAUCUCCACUCCCAAAGAUCAGCGGGGAGGUAUUUCUGAGCACUGAAUCUUUUGGCCACUGGGAGGCCAACACUAGCCCUCGAACUAGGAGUUGGGAAAAACAGUCCGGACACCAUGGCAGACAUUCACCCAAGUCUUCACAGAAAACAGGGCUUCCCUGUAAGGAAAUUGUGUAUGGGAGGGACCUUGGGCAAGGUGAUCAGAGAGAAAGGAGACAUAGGCCCAAGAUUCCUCCCUUCUCAGAGGAUGAAGAACUUGACUACCACCAUGAUGCAGGAAUGAAACCAAGAGGAAUAAAAGAAACUGUUUCUACUUCAGCACAAGUGAGCCACAGGGAUCAGGAAUGGUAUGAUGCUGAAAUUGCCCGAAAAUUGCAAGAGGAAGAACUUUUGGCUACUCAAGUGGACAUGAGAGCAGCUCAGGUUGCCCAGGAUGAGGAAAUUGCUCGACUUCUGAUGGCUGAAGAAAAAAAAGCUUACAAGAAAGCCAGGGAGCGGGAAAAGUCAUCUUUGGACAAAAGGAAACAUGACUCUGAAUGCAAGUCAAAAGCACGGUCAGCACAUUCAAAGUCUAAAGAGAGUGAUGACACACAGCGUUCCAAGAUUGACAGGCCAUCACGGCCACCGCCACCGACAGUGAUGGACCCUGAGGAUCUGGAUCCCAUCCACUUUACAAACCAGCAUAGUGCCACACGCCAUUUCUCAAAGUCAGAGUCCUCACACAAAGGUUUCCAUAAUAAGCAGUAAAACAAAAACAAACGAGAAGAGGAAUCUGCCUUGAAAAUGGACUUGUUGUAGCACAUAUUACUGAAUGAUACAAAAUGCAUUCCGCGUUGGCUGUUCUCCUUCUGUGUGCCAUUCCUGGGAGUUACUUUCAAGUGUUUUCUUAACUAUAAAAAACUUCACUUCAUUUCAAAUGUUUUGGUUAUUUUGGUCACUUGGGCAGUGUAAGAAAAUUUAGCUUCUGAAUAUUGGCCACCUCUUCUCUGAAUAUAUUUCCUGGGAUAUAAUAAGAACUCCGUGAAACAGUACUUGCUAAUUAUAGGAUAUUGGCAACUAGGGACUAGACUUUAUUUAGCAAUUAGAAGUCUACAGAGAUUCAUUAUCAAAUAUAGCAUAACAUUUGGAUGCAAUGAAGUAUAGGAAAGUAUAUGAAAUAGCCACUUUGCUGUUUAUUACUAUGAUAUUUUGAAGGAUACUGCCUUUCAUUUUAUCCUCUUCAGAAAAAGUAAAAUCACAACAAUAAAAUGUAGGGAGAAAUACAAAGAACAGUGGAAGUCUGUUAUUCUGAAUAUAUGUAUUGGUAGAGGCUCUGGAUGGCUAUAUAACCCUCAUUCUUUAGCACUGUACUGCUGUUUCCUCAGCAUUGAGUUUUUCUGAAGGCCCUAGACAAUGCAGCAAGUGCUAAUAUUUAUUUGAAAAACCUUAAUUGUCUGAUACCUUCACUCAGGUCCAUGAAGAAUUAGCUGAAUAUUAAAGAAAAAAAUAGCCUUUCAUAACCGGAUUUUGUCAUUUAAUUAUGGAACAAAAGGAAAUAGAAUAAUUUUCCUGAGAGUUGAUGCCAUCAGUGUUACUUGCAGUGUAGAUCAAGCCUCUUGUUCCCAGGAUAUAGCAGGUUUUGUUGGCAACCUCACAGUGAUGUUUUGUGCACCUGUAAUAAUUAAACUAAUUCAACAAAAAGUUGAAUUUGAUGAAGUGAGUCAUUUGAUGGUCAUUGUAGUCCUUUCUGCAAGACCUUUAAACUCCUCUUCAAAACUUCAGUUUUUAUCUAGGUGCUAAUUUAUGGAAAUAUGUAUUUGCCCAUACCACUUACUUACUAUAAGUGGCAGCCAAGGUUCAUCUAGUGACAUUUCCCCAGCUUGACUUGCUGUUCUCUUCACUGUACUUUUCACUGUAUGAUUCUGAUUUUUUUUUUUUUGCUGUUAUUUCAAUGUGCUGUUUGCUUAUGAAAGAAAAGUAGGUUGCUGAGAGAGAAACAAGGUACAGACUGCCUGCCUUCCAUUUGCCUUGUCUUUCCCAACUCUCUUAACCAUGUGGUGGUGGGUGGGGGAUUCUGGAAACUGUUCCCAACAGAUGUUGAUCUCUGAUUUUGAGAAUAAUCUUUUGUUUCAUAAUGUUAACGUAUUACAUAUGACAGAAAUGUAAGUGAUACGUGUCUAAGAGUGAAGCUGUGGGCAAACAGUAAUCUGGAAAGACACAAAUGAAGCAGCACGGUCGGUUGGGGAAGUGGAGGAGAGGGGAAUUACAGGCCUGGUGUCUGCUAUGAGAUACAUAAGGGAUGGCCUCCUUCAGAGAAGGAGACAAGGUGAAGAGCCUAGCCUUAACUCUACAGAAUGGUUUCAGUGUGGGAGCUUAGUCUCAUUGACUUACUGUAUUGCUGUAUUUUUCUUUAUCUGCCCUGUGAUUUUGCUUCAUGUUUUUUAAACGUAUUUUGAAAUGGUAACUUUAAAAAAAAAAAAUAUAUAUAUAUAUAUAUAUAUAUAGGUGCAUUUUAUUUGAUAAUUAGGAAAGCAGGCAGCAUCUUUUGCCAUAUUUUUGUUUUAUAAACAUUUAUUUUUCUAUCUCAUGAAAUGAUCGAUUUUACUUUAAAAACUGCAUUUCUUUUGCUUUUCACGGACUUCAUUUAAUCAUAUUUAUUAUUGUAAAAUAGACAUGUUUUAGUUUUAAAACUACCAAGCGACUUAACCAGAAUGCUGGAGUCUUAACUGUUGUGGGAGAUGGCCAAAGGUGGUGCUGUCCACUGGAUAGCCAACUCAACAACAGGAUUGGAAAAUGGUUUACUUUUUAUGUUUUUUUAAAGUAGAAUUUUAAAAUAUUUUGUUUGUUUUAUUUUAUUUUUUAUAAAGUGAAAGUUUUUAAGAGUAUCAGUAAUUAUUUACUUAUGAAUAAGAAGAUAGAAAAUGUUCAUAAUUAUACUCUCUUAAUGUGCUCAAAUUUUUACUAUCUCUUAAAUAGUAUAUCUUUGAGAUGAUAGAAGCACCUAACAGCUCUUAAUGAACUGCCACUCUUCACUGUGUUUUCUGCUUUUUAAUUAUUCAUUUUUUAUAAAAUGAAAGCAUUGUUUUGUUCCUUCUGUAAUAAUUAACAUACAGUUUAGUUAUUACAUACAUAAUAAUGUAUUAUGUUUUGCCGUCAAUAUACAGCUGGAUUCUUGUAGCCCUGAGAACUCUUUGGAUGUAAAUGUGCUUUCUCUGCACACCAUCACCUGUUACCAGCAGUAUUACUGAAUGAGACUACCUGUUGUUUUCUCCCUUCCUGUCCUAAAAUUUUUUAACUAUUGCUUAGAAAAGAGGCUAGAUAUACAUCAGAUUAAAUAUGCUAACUUGAAAGAAAGUUAAUUAACAGUAUUCAAGCUACCAUUAGUCAUAAUUGAUUUGUUGGGAGAAUGGAAAAAUUGCUUCUUUGUUCUCAAAGAAUAUUGAAAAGUUUUGGAAGUGACUUUGCAUGCCAUUGAAAUACUAUGGGUCAAGUUAUUUUAUGAAAAAUUGCAAUGUAGUAAUGAGCUCAAAACCAAAACAACAACAAUCAAACUGUAGAUUUCUGGUCUUUACGAAACAUCUAAAUUAAGAAGAGAGAUAUGCAUAGAUAUGCACACAGGGAAAGUCUUUCAUCUUGGCCUUGGUCACAUGGACCUAUGUAACCAUUCUCAAAUAUGUAGCUUGUGUUUCAUUUAACUCUUUAAUACUGUCAUAGUUCUCUAAAUCUGUUUGUGCCAAAUUGGGGGGAAAAAACCACAAAAACUACUGUAAUAUGGUGCAUUCUGUUUACCACAUAAGUGGUUAACAUUUUACAGCCUUGAUCUUUAAUGAGUAAUGCCUUUGUAUAAAACUCUCUUUGGGAGCUAUGAAGAUGUUAUUCUUUGGUACUUUUAAAAGAUAAUGUCUGAUUGGCCGAGAUCAUCAGCUUAAUGAAGGGAUGAAGCCCAUGUACAAAUAACUCAAAGGACUGGGAUAGAAUAGAGCUUACAGUAAAUGGCUUCUUCCACUUGGGAAGGGAAGUGUUUGUGGAAGGAGCACUGACACUGAAAGGAAACAUUGUUCACCGUGAUUUCACUGUGGAUGAUGUGCCAUGUUCUUGUGGCAGGCUUUUUAAAAACAAUCCCUAAAAACUUCAAAAUCUGAUCUUUCAGAAAAAAAAAAGUUUUUCCAAGUAUGCACGGUGUCUGUGAUAUGCUGCUUAUAGCAGAGAAGUGACUCUGGGGUCAUCAUUCUCUCUUCCUGUCUCACAGGCAGAAGUGAUGCUAGAGAGUCACCCCAUCUCUCUCCCUGUUGGUGCCUGUGUGCUUUUGAGCCAUAUCUGUGUAUCUGACUGGUGACAGGAUGCAUAUUUAUUCCUUCCCUGUGAUAGUGCAAUACAGGCAGAGAGUGGCCUACUAUGGAGUGUCCUGUUAAUGCUACAUUGAGCAGUAUUAUCCAAAUACAUACUGGGAGCUUUUUUAUUUAGUUGGUUUUAAUCAUGAUGACAUAUAAGGUAGUUAAAGGGAAGAAUCAACAGCUGCUGUUGCUUGUGCUAUGUAAGUCAUCAGAAAUGUUCAAAUUUAGUUGUAAAGUCUCCAAGAAGGCAAGAAUAAGCAAGGAUAACCUUAGUAAUAGUCACUUCUCUGACAAGCCCUGCACUUUAUGUCAGCAGUGUUUAUGAAGAUGAGUUUGCCUUAAAUUGAGUGCAGCAAAGGCCAUUAUGAACUCUUGUCAACUCUUCAUUGGCAUAAAAUUCAUAGAAGAACCUCAGACAUCAUCAUCUGGAGCUUUGAACUUCUCCCACUGUGCUCCAGUGAUUUGUACUUUUAACAGUUGUGUUUUCUCUGUUUCAUGGAUAGGAGGAGAAUUCCCUGGCUGGAAUAUUCACACACAGUGAUAGCUUUCAGAAGUCGAGAGCUUCCUGUUCUGUUCUCUUUUUAUUUAAUGGUGGCUGCAGAAGACAUUCUAAGGCUUCUAGGAUUCAGUGACAGUACUCAAAUGAUUUCUAAGAAUUUUAACAAUUACCUUUGUGUAUAGAAAUGAUUAUUUACUAUUAACAAAUAUAGGAGAAAACCAAAAGAAAAGAAGUGGAGAUAUUUACUUGAAAUGGUGAUGGGAAGAGUGCUGUAGUUUAUUAUUUUUAAAAGAGCAUUAAGCAGGAAACAUUUGGGCAUGGUAGAGAAGAGAGAAGAACAGCUUUUCCAGGCUGUGUUUAGAUGAACACAGUCAUGCAGGUAAUCACGCUGGUUCAUAUAAGUGUUUGCCACUGUAAGCCGCUUUUUUCCCCAUAUGAGUCCAAGCACUGCUACUAACGUGUUCAUCGUAGACUUAAUGUGCUUUUGUGUGUUUAAGUAAAAUGUAAAGUGUUUUUCUCUUUUUAACUUGCUUUUCAUGGUAUGCUGAUGUCAGCAUUUUAGAUCAGGGCAGAAUUAUGUAACUAUUGUUCUGCUCUUUUUUUUUUUUAAAUACGAAAAAGAGAAAAAAAAUCAAGUGUUUUGAGUUAACAAAUCAGCAAGCUCUGCUUAUUACUGGUGAGGUUCAAAUAGGAAGAAGAGAAAAAAAAUUAAAAGGGUUGAGUUAACAAAUCAGCAAAGAUUGCAAACAGUGGAGUAGGCAUUGAGAGGAUAUAGUCAUGAGUUACAUAUUUUGAAUAUAUUCUGCUACACUGAAUUCAGAUUGUAAUUGCUGAAAUUGACUCAGCUAAACAUUUGUUAAGAGAUUUGGGUAUUGGAAAUUUUAUUCUUAUGAAUGACUUUUCUCUAAAUUCCCACAGGUGAUAGCCCUUGCUGUAAUCUGAAAGUCAGGUGUCCUUUUUCAAAGAUAGCUGUAUUUUUCAUGUGUCUUUUAAUGAACAUCUAGAUGUUUAUUUCAUGAAAUAUUAGAAAGUAAAAUCAGGAAAUGGCAUGUAAAAGUGACAUUCCAAAAUGACAAGUCUCUAAUCCUGGUUGUUUGCUGAGAACAAUCUAUCCCUGUGAAACAUUUGAAAAGUGCUGGAUUUGAAAAUAUAAGAGUUUGUUACAUAAAUCAAGUUUCUCAGGAGAUUUGAGGUGAUACUGUCAUUUGUCUUAUAAUUUGGAAAGAUAAUUUCUUUAGUUAAGCUAUUCAGGAGUCACACACUUCAUUUGAUAAGAACCCUUUAGGUGCAGUGAUAUAGUUAUGCUUAUAAAAAUAGAUGAGAUGGAAUCCCAAGUGCUGGUCAAUUUGUCAAGCACCCCCCCCCCCACACACACACAUACACACAUGCACCCAUGCACCCCAGGAAGGGAUCUGUGAAAUACAUAUUUCAUGGAGCUGAACAGAACCUCAAUAGAAUAUUGUCUCUUGUCCGAGGAGAGACCACCUCAAACCACAUGCCUAUCUAGAGAUUGAGUAAAACUGUGAGGGUCCACUGUGUGAAUGCCUUAAGGUGACUGGUGAUGGUGCUGGUGGGCAGGGAUGCACCCAUCCCGGUUAGCUGCCGGAAACAGUGUUUCGGGUCAUCUCCUACAGCCCAGGUUGCUCCUGUCCAUGGUCUUGUUGAGGAAGAUGAGAAAUAUGGUGCUGGUUACUUUCAUGUGUCUUGGGAGGCUGACAGGUUAACAUCAUUAAGACACUGUCCAGUGCUCAAGCCUUCCCUCAACACCUCUCAUACACCUACAUCAGUUCAUCUAUGCAAGCUUGUGUUUUCGUGGUUUGUAUUUCACACCUGACCAUCAGGUUUAACAUUGGUGUUAUAAAUAAUUUUUAAACCAAAGUAUUGUAUGAGUAAGUCUGUGUACUCUGUUUUUGUGGAUAGUUUGAGGUAAAUACCUAUCUUGUCUUCUCUUAAUAAAGUCAUCUGUUUAUUAAGUCA